CCCACAUGCUGCGCACCUGCGUAGGGUACGCAGCCGCCUGCAACGACCUCGGCAGCGUUGCGUGGUGGCUGCCGUUGGAGCGCCGCAGUGAGGGCCCGGACGAGGGCACCGAUGCCCUGCAGCUCGCCCGCGACGUCAUCAAGACUCCGAGCCUGACGUUCAGCGGCUGCUCGAUGACGCCUGGCCUCGUCAGCGAGCUGCUGCAGUGCCUCGCCCUGCCGCCUGGUGUUCUCAGCGAGCAGCUCCAGCGCCGCGGCCUGCCGAUCGCCAACAUCGCGCAGCUGUGCCAGGAGCUGGAAACCAAGAAAUGUGUUGCCAUUAUCAUCCAUGCAUUUCUCACUAUGGACUCUUCGCUGGAAGCUUCUGUUCGUGAAGAGUCUCAGUGUGCACAACAAUUUCCUCUUUGUUGAAAAUCCACUGGCCCAACGGCAUCCAUGAAUGGUGCCGGUUCACCGCACAACCAAUGCACUCCGUUUGGACAGACCGAAACGGUGCCGGAAUUCAUUUUUGCUCAACUCAUCAAACGCAUCUCGCACCUCCAACCACCUCUGCACGAGAAGAAACCAAACAGCCCUUUUCAGGGCUACACAACCCUUGCUCGGCCUUACGAGAUGACCGACAUAAUCACAACCUCCUUCCGAACCCUCACUUGCUGCAGUAUGCAAAACAUGCAGCAAGCAGAUGCGACACAGGUGCAAAAUGUGCAUUAGUGUAUGAUAAGUUACAUAAGUUCGUUUUUUGUACAGAACCUUAGGCAAUAGCACAUUUUCAUAUAUAAUGCUUUAGAAGCAUAUGACACUACAGGGAACCAUCUCGAGACGUUACACAUUCUUCAUGUAAAUUUACUGUUUCACCUUAACUACAAAGCAGGAUACCUGCUUGUUCAGUCUGACAGUAAACAAUUAGCUCACCUUCAACCCUUCUUUAGUACUAACAUACACCUGCACGCAUGAGCAUCACCUAUGAGCCUGUAAUAUCAUCUGCAGUUAAUGAAGUUGGUAUUCACGAA